GGGGAACCAGGUCGCGAGCGGCGGUGGCGGCGGCUGGAGCGGCGCGGACCAGUGAGUGAAUAAACCAUCUUUCCCAAUUUUGGGAAUGCUGCAGUUGAUCUGAAACAUCCACAUUGCCUCUGAAGAAAAGAACACACAGGGAACAUUUACAGUGUUUGAAUGUUUUUAAAAUAACCAUAAAUGUUCAUGAGAUGUCUCCUACAACUGUUUUCCUGAUACCAUGGAUAUUCUGCUUCUUAAAACACUGGUGUUGGUCAGUUGUUUUGCUGGACUUUUUUACUAUCAUCCAGGCCUUCUUUUUAACUGGGAAAGAGCAGUUUACAAGAAACCAAAUUUCAUAGUAAUUUUGGCAGACGAUAUUGGAUGGGGAGAUCUUGGAGCCAACUGGGACCUAAAAAAAGGUACACCUAAUUUGGAUAAGAUAGCACAGGAAGGAAUGAGAUUUGUAGAUUUCCAUUCAGCUGCAUCUACCUGUUCCCCAUCACGUGCCUCUCUGCUUACAGGGCGUCUUGGUCUUCGUAAUGGCGUAACCCACAAUUUUGCUGUAACUUCAGUGGCAGGCCUCCCAUUGAAUGAGACAAUAUUAGCAGAAGUUCUGAAGGAAGCUGGCUACCUCACUGCUAUGAUAGGGAAAUGGCACUUGGGACAUCAUGGCCCUUUUCAUCCCAGCUUUCGUGGUUUUGAUUUUUACUUUGGGAUACCAUAUAGCCCUGAUAUGGGCUGUACUGAUGCUCCAGGUUAUAAUCUCCCUCCCUGCCCCGCUUGUCCCAGAUGCUCAGCAACAGCCAGUAACCCUCAGACAAACUGCUAUCCUGAAGUUGCACUUCCUCUUUUUGAAAAUCUUGCAAUUGUCCAACAGCCUGUAAACUUAACUACCUUGGCUGCAAAGUAUACAGAAAAAAUUAUUCAUUUCAUCCACUAUGCCAGCCAGAAAGGCCUCCCUUUCUUCCUAUAUGUUGCCCUGGCUCAUAUGCAUGUGCCUUUGGUUUUGUCUGAGCCGCCAUGGAAUCAGUCUUGUCAAGAUCCCUAUGGAACAUACUUGAAGGAGAUGGAUGCUUUGGUGGGACAGAUAAAGGAUGCAGUUGACAGCACAGCAAAGGAAGAUACAUUCCUCUGGUUUACAGGAGACAAUGGUCCUUGGUCUGAGAAGUGUGACUAUGCAGGAAGUGUUGGUCCAUAUACAGGGAUGUGGCAAAGAAAAAAAGGUGGUAGCUCAGCAAAGCAGACAACUUGGGAAGGGGGACAUCGCGUUCCCACAGUAGCAUAUUGGCCAGGGAAGAUCCCAGCAAAUGUGACAAGUCCUGUGAUGUUGAGACCUGCGGAGGUUGUAAAUGUGAGGACUGGUCGC